AUGGAGGAAGUAAGAAAACUUAAUAAUGAUGCGUAUGAGUGGCUUAAAAACAUUCCUCCUCAACAUUGGUCUCGUUCACACUUUACAGAUGCUAUGCUUAACAAUAUGUGUGAAUCUCUAAAUAGCAAGAUUGUUAAAGGUCGUGAUGUACCAAUCAUUACAUGUUUGGAGUACAUUAGAGAGUACUUAAUGAAGAAAAUUGUAACUAUGCAAAAGGAAAUUGAUAAAGCUACAGGCCCCUUGACUCCUACAGCUACCAUAUGGGUUGGAAAAUUGAAGAAAGAGGCUACACAAUUAAGGUAUGUUUUCUGUGGUAAUGGGAAAUAUCAAGUCAGUAAAAAUCUUAUGGAACAGUUCGUGGUAGAUAUGGGCCAACAGAUAUGUUCAUGUACAAGGUGGGAAAUAAUAAGGAUACCAUGUGCACAUGCAAUAGCAACUAUGUGGGAGAUGUUGAAGAACAAAGAAAUUGAUAAGAUACCAGAACAUUGGGUGAAUCGAACAUAUUGGUUAGAAACAUGGAAGAAUAUGUAUUCUUUUACAAUUCAGCCAAUCAAUGGAAGGAACAUGUGGGAGAAGUCUACAUGCCCUACAACCUUAUUCCCUCCAAAACACCAUGUGCCCAUUGGAAGACCAAAGAAAAAAAGAAGGAGAUCUGCCAUGGAGGUUGAGGAUUUGGUGAAAGGUAACCAAUUGUCAAGAGAACAAAAGUCAGUGACAUGUUCUAAGUGUAACAAAAGUGGUCAUAAUGCAAGGACUUGCAAGGGACAGAAGGCUGGUGGUGUUGGAAGUGCUAAAGUGAAGGCUAGUGGAUCACAAACUUCAAGGAAUGUUGGUGGUGCUAGAAGUGCAAAAGUGAAGGAUGGAAGUGCAAAAGUGAAGGCAGGUGUUAGCAAAAAAGGGAAAGGUGUCCCAUAA